AGAGACUCAACUGACAUGGUUUAGGACUCGGGACAGCAACACAUAGAUCUAAAAAGUUGUGACUCUAGUUUGGUGGGGAAAUUUGUGGUGUCCCAGGAGACACAACACAUACCUGAACACACGCGUUUCAUACGAGGACAUGUGUGUUGUAUUUUAACUUCUCUUUAUUUAAAUGUGAAUACGUGUUGUUUAUUUGUCUAGUUUAAUUAUUUACUGUGAUUUCUAUCUUACCUGGAUAACAGAGGAAUUUACUUAGCCAUGUUACGAAAUGGUAUUAUGAUAGAGCGUGUAAUAACGAAGGUUGUAUAAGAGAUGCCAUUAGUGUACCAAAUAUAACAGGACUAUUUGUUAUAAUAUAGAAGUAUGCUAUAGGUUGUUAUAGUGACACCAGCGUGUUAUCUGGAAUGUUAAACUGAAACAAAGUAAUAACAGCUAGUGAUCAGCAGCUCACAGUUCUGGAGACAAAACAAAAUGCUAAGAACUCAAAAGACACAUUUCUUUGCCUAUCGACUUGUUAGUUUUCUUAUUUCUUCCAACCUGAUUGGGUGUAUUCUAACGGAGGACAAAGAGGCGCGGUGUUCCCCGUGUGACAGUAAUGCCUGCAUCGACGAAUGUAGGAAUUGUUGUCCAGAUGGUUUCUUUUUCGAUGUCACAUCUUGCAACGUAACGUCUACUCUGACAACAACAAAUUGGACACUGUCCAGCUUGUCAAGUCACAACUCAACCUCAGCAACCACCAUCACCACCACAGCUACACCUAGCACAACAUUAUCAACCAUUCAACACUCUACUCAGACGGAUAAUACAACGACCACGUCCAACACAACCCACAAUUCAACAUCGUUACCUGCAAGUCACACUUCUAGUGUCCCUACAGUGCCAUCUACACCACAGAUUCCCGAUUACUGCAGGAAAUGUGAGGACCCGAACUGCGCCAAAUGCACAAACACAAUUUGUGAGCACUGCCUUAAAGGCUAUGUGCUGAAUGAAACCAAUGGAUCUUGCUAUCCGAAUGUCCCAGAGAGAUCAAACAACGAAACACUAGAUACAAAUUCAAAGAACGAUACUAGCUCUACAAAUAACGCAGCCAUCAUAGGGGGCGCUGUCGGAGGAGCUGUGGGUGGACUUCUGCUGGUCGGCCUCUUGGUUCUCGGUGUACUUUACUACAGGAAGAGGACACAGAGGCGUCAACGAAUGAAUGACGUAAAUUUAGAUCAAACCGAUACAGAGGAUCAAAAUCCACGUCCAAAAAAUCCCCAUCUGGAACGUCAGAAAUCUAUAGAACUAGCAGAAGACAUUCAGAGGACACACGAUAAAGUAUUACGCUACACCAGGGAUCCAACCACUAAGAGAAAGAAUUCGAGCAACUACGAAGAGACUGAUGAACUAGAGGACCUGGGAGAAGCCCCUCUGCCUCCACAACAGAAUAAUGACCGCAAGGGAGGCAAAGCUCACACGUCUCAUUCAAAGUUCAAGCAGGACGCCCACGACAACGCCCACGAGAAUGUGUACGCCAACAGCGCCACCUUGCGCCAGGACAUGGAUGACUCUGAUGGCAUGUACGUGAACAACAAGACAGUCAAGGCGGAAGUGGCGCGAGCCUUCGGCGCGCAGAAGCAGAGCACGCUCACCGACGAUUUCAGCCCAGAGUCAAAUGACCUGGAGGAUGAGCAAGAAAUAUACGCCAACGAUGAUUCAGAGCUGGUAAAACCGAGCAACGAGAAUGAAGGGCAUGAGCUCUAUCUCAACGAUGCUCUUGAAGAAGACGAAAUCUACUUGAACGUCAAGAAAUAAAUCUUGACAUGUAACAAUUGAAACAUUAUUGCUAUAGAAAAGAACUAUUCAAAUCCUACAGAAUGACUGAUUUAUUAAACAUAUGCAUAUAUAUAUUGAUUCAUAUUAAUGUCUUUAAUCAAAAGUCGAACUUAAAUUAUUUUUAAAAACAACAUUAAAUGGGACCGACUAGCUUGCUUGUGGAAACAAAGGAAAUCCACAAUGAUUCGUGAAUAUAUUAAGAAUGAAAGGUUGCCAAUGUGAAUAUAUUAAUUACUUUUACAAAUACUUCUUAAAAUAUUUGAAUAACAAAACUAUGUUAUUUAAACUUGCAAAAAAGCAUUUCAUUUCUGUCUAAACUUUGGAGAUUUUCUUGGCCGAUUUAUAUUUCCCGUGGACCUUAGCCCAGUACAGAAGCCUUCUUCCAUAUUUUCUAGGCAUAGUCCAAAUGUAUGCAAGAGUGUUUUGGCCAGAACAUACCGAGCAUGAUUGAUACGAUCUAUACACAAGAAAAUAAAAACAUUUAUAAUGACCUUAACAGAAAUAUAAACUACAAGCCGACCCGCGGCGUAGCAUACGCCGCUAUUUAGUGGCGUGGGUGCGGGCGGGAGGGGGCAUGGUAGGGCAACGUUUUACCUUUUACCUAUCCCUUAGUCUGUUGAACCGUUGGGGCACCAAGCAAGACUUGUCGACCGUCUUUUUCCAUUCCUCUCUGUCCUUUGCCCUGUUUAGAACGUCUUUCAAUGGCAGGCCCGUCCUGGCACUGUUCCCCGAAGGAAGGCCGUUGCGAGCCCCGAAGAUCCUGCAAUAUGGUCAUAGAUUCUAAGCUAGUGUCUUUUCACAGUAAUUAGCAGGCCAUCAUGGGGUCCGAUCGCUGCAGCAACCCUGUCUCCAAUCUCCUGGUUUGUGAUGCGGUCCCUGAAUGUGACGUAGAGAAUUAUAUAUAUACAGAAGAGAAGAUUACUUGUUCCUCCCCCCCCCUUUUUUUUUUUUCGGAGCCGUGAAAGUUUUGUGGGGUAACUCUAGUACGACUUGCAGAAAUAAAAGAGUUAUCUUUCCAUGACUUUUUCAUAGAGAGUUAGAGAGUCGGCGUGCGUGCGUGUCCCGCAUGGUUGGGCGACGUAGAGAAUUAUAUAUAUAGAUAUAGGACCUAUUCGGGAAUCUCCUGACAAAAAAAAAUUCUCUGGGAAAAAUGUAUUAUCUUCAACACUUAUCGGACUUGAUCUCGUGUCUCAAGAAGCAAUUGAUGGUGUCAGAAACUCUUGAUCUGAGCCUUAGAAAGAACAAAUUAAUUAGUGUUUAGUUUACCUCAUCUUCUUUUAAUACUACAGACUUACUUUUAAAUAAAAGAUAAUUACGUCCUAAGCGUGUCCCUAGGUCAAUCUAGUCAUGCAUGUUAAUCAAUGACUUCAACUCUGCGAAUAUUUCCAGUCUUAUGAGAUAUUCAUCUCUGGCGGGGAUAAGAUAUAAAUAAUUAUCAUUUAGGUGUAUCUGGCGAAUAUAUCCAGACUUAUGAGAUAUUCAACUCUGGCGGGGAUAAGAUAUAAAUAAUUAGCAUUUAGGUGUAUCUGGCGAACAAAAUAAGGAAGUGUUGAUGAGCUAUGUUGUUUUUUUUAAAGUUGCUUGUUUGUGCAGUUUUUAUCACAGCAGAAUCAAAUGUUCCAAGCUCUUCCGUUUGUAGCUCAUUUAUGUUUUUAUUUAGUUGGCAAAAGUACUUGGUUUGUCCUGAAAAUCCCCAAUAUGUUUUUAAAAACCACAUACAUUUGUAGAUUUUGUUUCGUUUAUAUUAAUUUGAUUAGAAAUUGUAGACAUUCUCAUCUGAUCACUUUUACUAUGUUUAAAAAGAAACGUUAUCUGAAUAUGUUUUAUUUUCAAGAUAGCGUCUUUAUUCAAUAACUUUGUUUCUAUUUUAAUAUUAUUAGCGCCUUUAUUAAAUAGCUUCGUUACUAUUUCAAUAUCAUCAACGUCCGUAUUGAAAAAGUUUGUUACUAUUUUAAUAUAACUACACACAAAACACCCCAUACACGCAAAUUUUUUUUACUAUUUUAAUAUUAUUAUUGACUUCAUAUUAUAAAUUUGUUACUAUUUUAAUAAUAAUUAUUCUUAGAUAAUGAAGUUUGUUACUAUUUUAAUUAUGUAACUAUGUGAACAUGUGUAAGUGAGACUUUAUUUUUAUUUUUCGUCAUUGUAGUGUAUAUCAUUGUAGAACAUGUUUUAGUUUUUAAAAUAUUGCUAUUCUUUGGUACACAAUUUCAUAUAGUCUCUAAAUUCUUUCAAUUUUAAAAUGUUCAUAUUAAGUCUUGCUGGCCCUGUAUGGUCAGAUAGUGGACAGGGUAAUUAAAACGUCUUUUUAGCCUUGAAUAGAAUAUGUUUUGUAUGGGGAGUGGGAAAAUGGGAAUAUAAUUAACAAAGUAAAAUAUACUUUUGACAUUUUGUAUAUUUUAAUCAACUAAUCUCUAUCUAUCUAUCUAUCUAUCUAUCUAUCUAUCUAUCUAUCUAUCUAUCUAUCUAUCUAUCUAUCUAUCUAUCUAUCUAUCUAUCUAUCUAUCUAUCUGUCUGUCUGUCUGUCUGACCGUCUAUUUAUCUAUCACACACACAGACACAUAAAAUCACCAUUCUCUUUUUUUAUUUUUAAAACCUACAAAGUAAAGAAACAAGAAUAGGGAAGCAUAAAGUCUUUAAGUGUUCAUCUAUAUGGCCCCCCUGUACUUCCUCUUGUCAGUUUGUUACUGAGAGGUAAAGAGGAGAAACGGUUCUUGUCCACGAGCAUUUUGUUUUUGUUUUAUACUCAUUGCACUUCUGAUCCCGAAGUAUCACUGGACCUUGAUCCAUUAAUGGACAUGUCUCUCGCCGUCCUGUUCAAGUAAGAUGUAUUAGAGUUACUUGAUCACAGUGCUUGACUGGUGCAUGUAGGGCAGGUUCGAGAGUACUUAAACACCUCAAAGCCUUGUACCAGUGCCCUAACCUCAUACUGUACAUUUUUUGACAGUUGUAUUGUGUUUUUUAAAUUCCUUUUUAUACAGAGACUAUAUAAUAUAUUGUGUUUGUAUAUAUAUAUAUAUAUAUAUAUAUAUAUAUAUAUAUAUAUAUAUAUAUAUAUAUAUAUAUAUAUAUAUAUAUGUUUUCCUAUAUCACAAAGUAUUAUUGUGCUGUAAAUUUAUUAUGUUUACAGUUAUCGUUUAAAAUAUGACUUCUAUGUGUUAGAUAAAACCUGCGUAUUUAUCAGCUGUCUGGCUACAAGUUACUAGUAAGGGAAUGUGUUGAUACAAAAUGGAAAGUGUUUAUGUAAACUAAUAUGGGAAAGUGUUUAAAUAAACUAAUAUGGAAAAGUGUUAAAUUAAACUAAUAUGGAAAAGUGUUUAAAUAAACUAGUAUGGGAAAGUGUUUAAAUAAACUAAUAUGGAAAAGUGUUUAAAUAAACUAAUAUGGAAAAGUGUUUAAAUAAACUAAUAUGGAAAAGUGUUUAUAGAAACUAGUAUGGGGAAGUGUUUAAAUAAAAUAGUGUGGGAAAGUGUUUAUAUAAACAAGUAUUGUAAAGUGAAUAAGCUGGUAUAAUACUAUAAGUGUGUCUGGAUGAAACAAUCCCCACCUUCCCAUGAUUUUUUUUUUUCAAGAAUCCCUGAAAAUGCUGAAUCUUUUGACUAUGAUAGAAAGAGCUAGACGAUAGUCUAAGCAGUUUAAAAUCAUCCACCUACUCAUUCUCUUCCACUGUCACAUUCUUCCAAGAUUGAUACACAACCGCCAAAUCAGGAUACUUAGAGAAUGAGAUCAUGCCGCCAUCUAGGCGCCCGUGUUAAAUAACUGUUUGUGUUGUAGUUAUGUAGGAAGUGUAACCAAGAUGAGCGUAUUAACUGUUUGUGUUGUAGUUAUGUAGGAAGUGUAACCAAGAUGAGCGUAUUAACUGUUUGUGUUGUAGUUAUGUAGGAAGUGUAACCAAGAUGAGCGUAUUAACUGUUUGUGUUGUAGUUAUGUAGGAAGUGUAACCAAGAUGAGCGUAUUAACUGUUUGUGUUGUAGUUAUGUAGGAAGUGUAACCAAGAUGAGCGUAUUAACUGUUUGUGUUGUAGUUAUGUAGGAAGUGUAACCAAGAUGAGCGUAUUAACUGUUUGUGUUGUAGUUAUGUAGGAAGUGUAACCAAGAUGAGCGUAUUAACUGUUUGUGUUGUAGUUAUGUAGGAAGUGUAACCAAGAUGAGCGUAUUAACUGUUUGUGUUGUAGUUAUGUAGGAAGUGUAACCAAGAUGAGCGUAUUAACUGUUUGUGUUGUAGUUAUGUAGGAAGUGUAACCAAGAUGAGCGUAUUAACUGUUUGUGUUGUAGUUAUGUAGGAAGUGUAACCGAGAUGAGCGUAUUAACUGUUUGUGUUGUAGUUAUGUAGGAAGUGUAACCAAGAUGAGCGUAUUAACUGUUUGUGUUGUAGUUAUGUAGGAAGUGUAACCAAGAUGAGCGUAUUAAUCUAGUCGUUCAACUUAGACAUUAAUAUUGUAUUUAGCAAAUGAUUUUCUGUUCUGUGACCCAAAUCGCACCGGUGAAAAGAAAAACUCUGUCCUUUCAAAUGUUUGUUCCCGCUUAUGAAAUAAGAACUUUUUUUCUUUCUGUCAUUGUGAAUAUAUUUGAUACAUUGUAUAAAUAAACAAUUUAUUAAGUGUUUUAUGUUUCAUUAUGUUUCAUUGCCACAUACCUAGAUAUACAUACCUAGAUAUAGAACAUUGUGUACUGAAGUGUUUUUAAAGUUUGAUGUCUUUGCCAAAGGUGUUACUUUUGUUUUAUGUAAAUAUCUAUCUAGAAAUAUAUGUUUUCAAUACCUA